GUUCAUAGCCCUUAGCAGACAGGACCAUUGAGUAUUUGGUGCUAGUGGCACCAGUUCCUGCAGACAUGUCCGUGCGGAAGGGCUGGCUGGCUCUUGCUGUAGUGUGCCUGGUAUGGAAUUCCUUGCGUUUCAACCAGACGGACGCAUUUCUCUCUCCCAGAGGGCUCCGCCAGCGUGAAUGCACCAAGGUCCAAGCUUCUUCCGGCACGACUUUUGCCACCUCUCCAGUAGUGCCAGCUAUACGGGAAGCCCUGAAAGAAGGAGGAUGCCUGAACCAAUGGUUUGACUCUGCAACAGCUGUGGCCAAUGCUUGUGGCCUGCAGACAGAUGAGGCGGAAACAAUUCUGGCAAAAGGAUUUGGCUGGUCGACUUGGCUUGCUGUGAACAGAGCUGCAUACCUCAAGCCUGAGAACCCCGAUUCUGCCAAGAUCUCUGAGGGUCUUGACUACUUCACAUCAGGCCCCUUAAAACUGACCAAGGAAGAGUUGCGCUAUGUGCUCCAAGAAAGCCCAAAGGCAUUGAAUAGGCCUGCUGCAGCUUACCAGGACGCCUUGGCCACGGCACCAGAGGAGUUUCAAUCACCAGAAGCAUUCCGGGAGCUGCUGCUGCGGUGCCCAAUGGUGUUGGAGUUGUCUUUCAAUUGUGGACACAGCUGUGCAGCAGCCUGCGCAAGAUGCUGGUGCCCAGCAUUGUCGAGGAUCAAGAGAACUGAGUUGAAGAAAGAGUCCGGCUUGCAGACGAGGUAAGAAACUUUUGGGCUGUCAAGCGUUAGCUGUGUUUGGGCUGUUUUCUAGGUUUUCCACUGACGCUUUUUUGGUCGGCCACACCGGGGCAUCGUGAAACACGAUGUUUGUGUGCCACCAAGUCAAUUCGUUUAACUCGGUUGCCAUCAGUGCAGCCUUUUUCAGCAGAAGCAAUCUCCUUCUUGCUCCCAGGUUGCACAACACACAAACGUGCGGGCAGACGUUCAAUUCUUGAUCCAAC